AGUCCCUCUUUGGGAGUCCCGCAAUCCGGAAUGAAAACAGGUUCCAAAACCAACAGCGAACGCAGCACGACCAUGGUCCAUGGUCCUUCCGAGCUAUCGAGCUGGAUCUUUCCCGUCCGUGCAAAUUGCAUCUACCCACUGCCAAUGUCGUUAUGAACAGCACGGAAGCUUGUCAUGUUGUAGAAGAAGUACCGGGGCUCUACAUUGACGCCUUUAAGGGGUCUUUCUUGCGCAAAACAACAGAUGCAGGAAACUCGUUUAUUCUAACUCAUUAUCAUGGGGAUCAUUAUCAGAGUCUACCUCGGGAAUUCAAGUAUAAGGGUCCUGCCUUGAUCCACUGCACCCCGGUGACAGCCGCAUUGCUGCGCAAAGUUCACCAAGUCCCUCCUCAGUUUCUGGUGGAACAUGAAUAUGGGGAAACUUGGAUAUUGGAAGAAUGUGUGUUGGCUGCCGCCAAGAAAAUUGAUACCAGCAAUGCUACGGCAGAAAAGGACGCUAUCAGCAAUUCAGUCAAGAUUACCUUUUAUGAUGCCAACCACUGUCCUGGAGCAGCCAUUGUCGCCAUUCAACUAUCCGAUGGGACGACGCAUAUUCAUACAGGCGAUAUGCGCUACCAUCCCAAAAUGAAAUGCUACCCUAGAAUCAAAGACGCAGUCCAGAAUCGAAAAAUUGAUCUACUCUACCUUGAUACUACAUAUGGACACCCCAAACACACCUUUGUUCCACAGGAGGUGGCCGUGGACACUGUUGCCACGCAAGUUCAUCAAGUGUUGGCUGCACAUGAACAGUGUGGCGAUCAAACAAAUAGAGUCGACGACCCAAGCAAGCCAAGAGUGCUAAUUCUACUCUCGUGUUAUUCCAUUGGAAAAGAGAGAGUGUUGUGGGAGGCCUGUCGCCGAGCAGGGCAACCAAUUUACGUGACAGAACGAAAGCUAGAGAUGAUGAGAUGCAUACAAUCUACAAAGGGCGCCGAAUCUGGGAAUGAUGCUUCGGAUGGCAAAAGGGUUGAUAGUAAUGCCAACGAUGCGCACGCCUGCAAUCAAAUGAUUCAGCGUUGCACAAGCGAUCCCAAUGCUACGGACAUACAUUGCAUUCGCAUGGGAAUGGCGGGAGAGCUGUGGCCUUUCUUCAAGCCGAACUACAGAAACUGCGUCAAUUACGAAGAGGAUCUACAGCGCAAUUACGACAAAAUUCUGGCAUUUAUCCCAACCGGGUGGAGUGACGCCACCAACUGGAACAAGAAAAAUGCAGUCUGUAAGAGACAGCUCGAGUGCCGCAAGUCCAAUCGACGUGUGGACGUGGAGAUUCGGUUGGUUGCCUACAGCGAGCAUUCUUCCUGUUCAGAGCUAGAAUCGUUCGUCGAAUUCUGUCGGCCGAGGAAGGUUAUUCCCACUGUCUUCAAAGAUGCCAAUGAUUGUCGGAGGCUGGAAACAUUAUUCCGCAAGUACGUCGAUUCCUCUCGAGCCAAGCUCCAAUUCUUCAAGGGCAUGCAAGCAAAGAGUCCGUCCAAGAUGGAACCCUCCCACGCAGCGGCGGUUGGUGCUGGGACACUCAAAAUGAAUGCAAAGUCUGAUUCAAACGCACCUGAAAGAUAUCCGGGGAUCAAGUCAGAGCCAAGUAUGGGGCGCGGAAACGAACAGCCAAGCAGUGAGCAGAAGCCUCCACGCGACACCCAGGCGUGUAAGGAUGCUCUGGUCCACCAGGGCGUUGCUGACGAGAACAAGUACGUAGACCUUACCGGUGCAUCUUCCGACGAGGAGCCUGAACCAAAUCUUCCAGAUGCAAAGUUCAUCAGACCCCCGAAGAGUGAGAGUGCCAACGCAUUGUCCACACAGAAGAAAAACGCCCAUGGUUCGCCUGUGGCCCAAGCUGCAAAGCGGCAAAAGACUUCUAGUAUUACGCCGACUAGUAGCACGCCGACAAAGCGCACUAGAGGCAAAACACCGGAGAAGCAGUCUACACCCCCCAUCACACAGUUUUUUGCUGUCAAGAAGAAGACAAGUUAGUUUAGACAUUAUAGAAUUCUGUCCAGGCUGGGGUUUGGCUUGUCCUUUAUUGAACACGUUCCCGACAACAGCUACUGUACCCUGGUUAUGGAUAGAUUGCUUUGAUACAUGUACUGCUUUGGCCCCUCAAUUUGACGGUGGAUACCCCUUGAAAACGUUCCCUGUGCUUUUCGGUACGGGAUCGUUUUUGAAAUCGAGUCGUGGGCGGCCGUUUCUUUUUUUGCUCCCAUUC